AUGUUUCGUCGAUUGGAGAUUUCAACAAAAACCAGACAACCAUUACUUAGACUUGAGCACCCGUUUGGCCAAAUACCAAAUGCUUUGUAUCAUGUGCCAGCCGAUCCACCAACCAACAAAUCCACCGAUUGGAUCGCUUUCUCCAGUUCCUCCUCUCGAUCGAAGGCUUGUUCUCCAGGUUUCCUCCGCACCCACGAUGGGGUUUGUCUUGUACUCGCCCGAUAUCAAACUCAUUGUCAUCCACAAGCAUCUCCGUGGACAGACACUAGACAAAAUCAAUCUUGA